CACUUUUACUUUCACUGCUGCACUGCUGCGUAUGCUCUCGACAGCGAGACAGGUUACAGGUCCUGUACUUCGUCAUGAGUUUAUUAGAUUAUAUGUAUUGAUGUACAGCUAUUGCACAUUAUAGAUGCGAUGUAGGAAAGGCUGUAAAAUUACUCAGACUGUAGCGAUGUAACAAGCCGUUGUUAGUAAUUGAAAUCGAAAGUGAAAGUGCUUUCUCAGCAGUUGUUUUUAUUUAACUUGUACCAACGUUAAAAUUUGCCUACAACCAGCAAAAAGUCUUACUUACUAAAACACGGAAACAAGACUCCAUGAUGAUGAUUGAAUUGAUUUUUUUGGGAUACUUUCUGACGUGCGUUUGUGCCAAUGGGGUUGCAGACGUUGUACUUUCCUGCUCCCUGGUGGAGGAGGGAGCUGGACUGGGUGGAAUGGGAGGUGGCGCUCUUUUCACACGAACUCCAGCCACUCUUGUAUUAAGAGACGUUGCAGUGGCUCCUGACCAAUCACUCGAAACACUCACAGCAUUUGUCCCGCCUUCAAUCCCUGAUCCAGAUGCCAUCCUGUUAGAAGCCACAGUGUCAUCGCCUGAGAUCCCGAACUCAGAUGUGUUGCUCCAUGCAGACUGCAAUGACCAGGAGGUGAUGUGCGAAAUAAGCAGUUACACUCCUCGUGGAUCUCAGGAAAGUUCAGAUCCAGCUUAUUUCAUGGUUUCCCUUAAUGUGGAGGGAGUUGACUUCAGCACUGCGUUGAUUCUGCAGACUUUGACGGUGAAGAAGGACCAGUCGACCCUCAUACAAAACAAACUGCGUCUGCCUCUUAGCCAGUCGGGAACUAUUCUGACUGAGGUGAUAUUCCUGGUGUUUACCCACAUCAAGUCUGUAUCUGCACCUCUGAGAGGUGACGUUCUCCUCAACUGUGGCUUCAAGCAGCAGGAGAUACCCUUAGCGCAGGAGGUGGGCAUUGAAUGGCGACAGCAGCACAGGGGGAAAGGGAGAAAAGUGCUUGAAAUGAAGACAGGGCUGGAUGAUGCUGAAGGGAGCACAGUGGUGCAUGCAGAAAGGAUGGGCUCCAGCAUGGAUGCUGCCCAGCUUGUUCGUGAGGGUAACGCCUCUGUGACUCUGACCAAGCUGAAAGUUUUGGAUGAGGGGGCCUACAUCUGUACUGUCAGUAUAGGAAUUUUCCAUGCCCAGCAGGUCAUUCAACUCCACAUUAUUCAACCACCCAGUGUUUCACUCUCAGAGGAGAAGUUGGUGUUGAAGACAAAGUCACCCCAGACACUGAGCUGCCACUGCACUAAAUACUAUCCACUGGAUGCUCAGAUGGAGUGGUCAUACCUCUCUCCUACAGACACAGAGCCUACAGUGUUUCCAGACCAGGGCUCUCUGUCUAGCCAUCGACAGCACAGUGAUGGGACAUAUUCCCAGUCAUCUCAUCUCACUGUGCCGUCCAGUGUCUCUCCUGGGACUAAAAUAACCUGCAGGGUGUCCCACCUGGCCCUGGGCGAGCCUCUCUCUGUUAGUGUGAUGGUAGAAGCUCCAGAAGCAGAUUCUUAUUGGUGGAUUCUGGGGUUCCUGGUCGUCACUGUGAUUUUCUUCUACCAGGUCAUGAGAUAAAGUAGUAGGAGAAAUUUUACCAGAUACUCCUGACUUGAAACUGAGCCCAGAAGGACUUUCUUUGUGCCAUGUGUCAUUUGUGAGUCUUUAAGUUAUUACUGAUUUCAUUAGCCAUCACUGGUUCUCUUCUGGCUCUCUCUACUGAACUGUGAAAUACAAAUUUUGGGGGAAAAUACUGUAUUUAGCUGUACCAUUUAUUUGCUUUCUAAAUGUGUUGUUGAGUAUCGUUGGUAGGAGUUUACUUAUGUUAAGGUGUGUGGCAUGUGUGGAGUUUGCAUUUCAGUAACCUGCAACAUAUUAAAUUCUAAGCAUUUGGCAUAAAACCCACAAUUUAAAUUCCAAACUAAACUUUCCAUCAAAAGUACUUUUGUCACACACAAAUUAUCCACCGCAGUUUCAUUAUGUGUAACACUGACUGACACGGACUUGAAUUGCGUUUUGAUUGUCUUGCGCUGUAGGAAACUUGCUUUCUUACUCAGAACCAAAUAGUGUUUUAAGUUGCUCUCAACGUACUAACACAGUUCCAAGAACAAAUUACAGCAAGACAUGCUGCUUAAAACAAGGACAACAAUGCUGAAUGAAAACUAAAAAUAUACAUAGAACUAGCAUACAAGUAGUUGAAAAAAUAAGUGUGUAUAUGAAUUUGAAAGCAAAUAUCAAAUCAGUGGCACUAUUAAUAUGAUAAUCUGAGACAUGUAAUGUAUGUGCAGUCAAAUAUAUAAUUUAUUUUGUUAAAUUUUUUGUCAGUUUAUAAAAACGUGCUGCUCCAAUGUUUAGUUAUACAUGCUUUUCUAUGCUGUUGCCCAUCAUAGAAGUUUACAAAGUUGCAUAAAUCCUCCACAAGAAGGGACUACAGCUGAAGCAAGCAGUUAUACAGUGGACAUUAACAAAACAUGCAAUGAGAUACAGGACUAUUGGUCUGGUUCAAGCUGGUUGAAGUUAUCUAGGCCUUGGAUUAUUUGUGUGGCUUCUUUGUUCCACUGGCCAGAAUAACCAUGGAUUUUUUUAUAUCCAUUUUUACAUGUUUCUGCUGAGAACUUGUAACUACAGAUUCACUGUAAAUGGGUGUCUUCAUUUAAAGCCUCUUAAAGGUUUUCUUUUUGAAAGGCUUUUUUGUUUUACUGUUUUCAUACUAUUUUAAAUGUAGCUAAGAUGCUAUAAUAUUUUGUUUCUCACUUGUUUUUGUGUGUUGGAUACCCGUUUUGUUGUUUACUUUUCACAAUGAUGGAUUUCAAGACUCAGCAAUAUUGUUUAAGAUAUUUUACAUUAUUUAUAAUAGAACACUUGUUCUAUUAUGUCUGGAAACUAAAUUGAACUUGUGUUGUAAACAAAUCAAAGGGUUUCACUUUCAUUAAAUGAUUACAGCCAAAA